AUGACCAGUGAAGCUGCCAGUGCUGAUAUAGAUUCUGCUAAUAAAUAUCCUGCUGAGCUGAAGAAAAUUAUUGAUGAAGGAGGUCACACACCAGAACAAGUGUACAUGUUGAUGAAGCUGGGCUUUUCUGGAAGUUCAGGCCUGCUAGAACUUUUUAUUUCCACUGAAGAAAAAUCAGCACCAGGCUUUAAAGCAUCCAAAGAGCGUUUAACACUUCUUGUGAAAGGAAAUGCUUCAGGUGACAUAAAAUUAAAGCCCCUACUAGUGAAUCACUCUGAAAAUCCAAAGGCUCUCACGGGCUAUGCCAAGUCUAAUCUACCUGUGAUUUGGCGUUCCAAUAAGAAGGCUUGGAUGACUAUGACCCUUUUCCAAGACUGGUUCAUUAACUUUUUUUGCCUUGCUGUAGAAAGAUAUAAUGCCAGGCAUAACAUAUCUAAUAAAGCAUUGCUCCUCUUUGACAAUGCACCAAGCCACCCAGUAAAUUUAAAUGGUUUUUCUGAUAAUGUGAGAGUGGAGUACAUCCCCACGAACACAACUUCCUUGCUCCAGCCAAUGGAUCAAGGUUUUUCACAAGCUGAAAGUUUACAGCAAGUUCAACAAGAUAUUGUGACACUUGCAAAUAAUGUAGGCUUUGAAGAAGUCAUAGAAAAUGGUGUGGUUGAAUUGCUAGAGUCCCAUAGAGAAGAUUUGACUAAUGAAGAUCUGAUGAUGUUGGAACAAGA